AUGGCUCAUAGAUUUAUGGUGGACAGCAGUCCUCCCAACAGUCCUAUGCCGGCGACACCAAAGUUUGGGCGCAACACAGAUCUCUCGUUCCUCCCCGAACAGCCUACGACAACCCCUGGUGGACCACCGCCAUCUUCAGUUGCUUCUACCACACCCGCUGGCGCACCGUCGUUCAUGGGAAGCUCUAUCAACUUUGGGACUUCAACCAACACUGGGUCCGGGAGAAAUCUUUUCGGGCGCAACAGCACAACAGGCAGCCAACUUGGAAGGUCCAUAAGAGGACGACAACCUUCAGGAUUGAGCCGCCAAUUCAGCGUCACCGAAGAGGAAGAGGAAGAUCAAGACCAGGAUGUUGAAGAAGAGAUGGAACUCCCGCCGCAUCGGGGCAGUCUUUUCCGUAUGUCCGCUGCGCCAGAAGAGCGCCCGCGUGAGGUCGAUGCCGAGAUCGAACGAUUGAUCGCCCAAGAUAUUGCUGGUGACGAUGGGGAAGAUGCAGAAUACGAGGAGGAAGAGCGUGUUUUCGAACGAGAAAGCUCUGAAGAAGCCGACAUGUUCCUGAAUAUGAGACAUGACGACCGGGCUUACGGUCAACCCAUGAUUGGAGACGAGUCCGACCUUAUGGUGCUCAAUACGCCGGCAGCGACAACCCGAGUGCGCAGAGAAGCAGAAAGCAUUUUCAGGCAAACCUCGACUCAUCUUGGAAUGUCCAGUCGUCCGGAGGGCUUCCAAUUUGCAUCCAUCGCCAAGAACCUUUACAACCAGUAUGAACCCGCCCACAUUGUCGAGCCUACAGACAUGAUUCUCGAUACCGAAGAACUCGUAUGCCGGCUGUACGAGGAAGGAGUUGGAACGGAAGAAGACUUUGAAAAGAUGGACAACUCUCUAUCAAACAUCACAUUCCGUCUCACUCAACUAUGGAACAAAUGCGUGGACGGUCUUCCCCAACCAGAGGGAGAGGAUUUUGCUUCAGUCGGCCCUGGAAUGAACGCCGAGAUAUUCGAGAAGGCUGCCUACAUUGCUGAACUAAUACUUCGUAUGCACCACACUCGAUUUGACAAUGAUACCGACGAAGAGAAGACUCCACCUCUGCCCGAGAUCAUGUUCGAUUGGAUGCAGAAGAGCCACAACCUCUAUCCUGAUCAAGUCCGUGACAUCAGCCGCCACAACCCUAGUCCUGCAUGCCAUAGCCUGUUUUGGCAGACUGUGCGAUGCUCACUUCUCCGUGGGGAUGUUAGAAGUGCGUCGCAUCUGUUGAGGGAGGCUGGCUGGGAACAUGUUCGACGAGGCCCCCGAGGUGAUUACGCAUACAUUGGUAAAUCACUCGAGAAUGUUAGACGAUUCGCUGCUGCUACUGCCGAUGUUCUGGACCAGUCCCCGGCUGCGAGAUCGGAAUGGGAUAUCUGGAACAGCAACUGGACUCUUUUCCGAAUUCAGGCUCGUGGUGCUCUGAAUCGAAUGACAUUGUUUGCGGAAGGAAAGGAGCAGGAUGUGCAAGAUCUGAUGGAUGACCCUCAGCCACAAUCCUUAUCGACAAUGGCUCGAAAGGCAUCAAGCCAGAUCCCCUGGGAUAUAUACGAGAACCUGCAGACCGUUUAUGGUAUCAUCUUGGGUAACCAUGAAGAUAUUAUGGAAGUUGCCCAAGACUGGUGCGAGGCGACGAUAGGCCUUUUUGGAUGGUGGGACGACGGAAACCAACGCCACAAAGCACUUAGAUUCUCGCAAUUGCAAUUGCGAGCGUCGUCGCGCUUCGCCGGCUCCGAAGACUACUUUGACCGAUUGGCAACCGCCUUCCAUAUGGUGACCGCAUCAGACCUCAACCCCAAUGUCAUGAACUCUGUCGAGGUUGCGGUGGCCUCUGCCUUUGAAGGCAACGUUAAUGCCGUGCUGGGUUUCUUGAGGGUAUGGUCACUGCCUUUGGCAUGCACUGUAGCAGAAGUUGCAUCACUUGGUGAAUGGUUACCCGCCCCUGAGGUCCCCAGUCUAUUCCCUACCGAUAGCCUCGAUAUGGAUGACCUUGCGCUAUUAGGAUUAACACAACCAGGACCUGAUGAGCUUGAAGGCAUCAAAGACACGACUCUUGUCCUGUACGCCAAGGAGCUGGCAGGAAUAGAUGAACUGUCACCAGAGCGCGACGGAUGGGAAAUGGCCAUUCAAGUCUUGGGUCGAAUGGACUCGCCCGAGAAAUCAGAGGAAACCGUCGGCGACCUUCUUCGAGACCUUCUUGACACGCUUAAUGAGAACUCCGGUCCUACUGUGGACAAGAUUUGGGCGAUACUGAACGAUCUCGGCAUGAUCAACUACGCCGAGGAAACAGCAGAGACCUUUGCAGAGAUUCUUUCCAAGCAGUCUCACCGAUAUGGAGAAGCUCUCUGGUACUAUGCCCUGUCUCAUCGAUCAGACAAGGUUCGUGAGGUGCUGAACCUCCUCAUGUCUUACUCUCUCGUUCAGUCUACGGUCUAUCCCUCAGAGAAGGAACUCGACCAGGAAUUGAAGGACUUGCUGCGAAAGCGAACCGAGACUUUAGAAAAGCGAGCCAAGCAAGAUUUGGAAGCUGCUCAACUGCUUGGUCGAAUGCUUAGUGGUUACGCUACGCUACGCAAGUUUUACGAACUACGAGAUACCGAAGACUUUGAUAAUAUUUCACCCACUAAAGCCUUGAAGCUGAAGAAGCAAGCUGCAUCCGCGCUGGUGGCUGUCAUCUCCAGCUCCGACGACAAUAUCCGUGGCGGACUUUACGAUGACACUAGGGACUCAGUAGUAAGCGAAGACUUCCUACUGGCUCUCCUGGGCGAGGCCACAGUCUUUAUCAACCAGUCGCCGGCUGUUAUUACACUCCCGCAAAUCGACAUUCUACUGAAGGCUAUUGAAGAUAUUCAGACAGUCGGUGACAGAGUUUACUCAGCGUGUGAUGACUUUUUCAACCUUGUGUUGUCAUCUGCGCAAGGGCUGAAGGGUUCCACGCCUCAAGACUUGAUGGCCAAAUCGACGGGCGGUCUUGGCGGAAGUUUUAUGAUGACCGGAAGCUCUGUGCUGGUAAACCACCUGCACAAGUCAAUCUCUGCUGGCGCAAAGGUGAACAGGGGAUGGGAUUGGAGGAAGGGUUGGCUUGCAUCAAGCAAGGGCGAGGACGUCCUACGAAAAUUGCGAUUGGGAUUGGCAAAGGACCUGGCAGCGCUUUGGCUAGAAGACGCAGAUGGAGUUGUCUCGUACUAG